GGCCAGGCGGAUGACGAACGCCUCGGUGCUUCUCUACCUUCUCACUGCUUCUAUCCUCUGUUCCCCCACCAUUGGAGACGACACUGUCACACCCGCCCGACCUCUCGUCGACGACGUAGGAACCACCUUAAUUUCCGCUAGUGGCAGCUUCGAGUUGGGCUUCUUUAGCCCCGCAGGUUCCAGCAACCGCUACAUCGGCAUAUGGUACCACCGUAUCCGGGUCAAGACCGUGGUGUGGGUUGCCAACCGCCAGCGGCCGGUCACCGGCCGUUCCGGAAAGCUGUCCUUGGAGACGGACGGAGCACUCGUGAUCACCGAUGGCAAGAACUCCACCGUCAUCUGGUCCUCGGGUUCGCUGGCCCUUGGGAACCCCGUGGCGCGGCUACUCGACAACGGGAACUUCGUCGUCGAGGAGGAGGGCAGUGACGACGACCCGAGCGGCUUUGCGUGGCAGAGCUUCGACUUCCUGACGGACACGCUUCUGCCGGGCAUGAAGAUUGGGCGGAACCUAACGAGCGGGCUGGACCGCAACCUCACGGCUUGGAGGAGCGUUAGCGAUCCGGCGCCGGGCGAGUAUGCCAACGGCAUCGACGAGCACGGGAAUCCCCAAAUAUUUCUGUGGUCCAGGAGCCGACCGUACUGGCGUGGGGGUUCAUGGAACGGCCGCCAGUUCAGUGGCAUCCAGGACAUGAAGACCGACAACGUGAUCCACAUGGUGUUCGUGGUGGACGCCCGCGAGAUUGUGUACUCGUUCUACAUGCGCGACCCCUCGGUCGUCUCAAGGCUGGUCAUGAACCAGUCGGGCAUCCUGCAGCGCCUGGUGUGGCUCGAAGACAGAGAGAGGUGGAGCGUCUUCUGGUCCGCGCCCCAGGACCAGUGCGAAGACAUGUUGUCGCCCUGCGGCCCCUACGGCGUCUGCCACCCCAACGAAUUCGCGAUGUGCAAGUGCUUGCAGGGGUUUCACCCCAAGAAUCGCAGCAGAUGGAGUCCGAGGGAGGGGACGGACGGAUGCGUGCGGAACACGGAGUUGGACUGCCGGAACGGGACCGAUGGGUUUAUCACGCUCAGCAGCGUGAAGAUACCGGACACGUCGACGUCGAUGGUGGACAGGAGCAUGAGCCUGCAGGAGUGCGAGGCUUUGUGCCGGAGGCAGUGCUCCUGCAUAGCCUAUGCCAGCGCUAACAUCAGUGGGAGCGGGAGCGGCAGCGGGUGCAUCAUAUGGACGACAGCGCUCACCGAUAUCAAAAUGUACGACAGUGGUUCAGGACAAGUUAUCUAUGUCAGGCUGGCGGCUGCCGACCUUGGCUCUGAAUCAAGCCAGUCUCACCGGAAUCAUGUGGUCGUGAUCAUCAUCGUAGUCUCUGCCCUGGCAACCUUUUUCCUGCUUUCUGUUGCUUGCUUCGUUUGGAGAAGGAAGAAGAGAAGAAAUCGCUACAUUGACGAAGAAACACACGAACAGGACUUGGACCUCCCACUAUAUGAUUUAGACACAAUAGCAGGCGCCACCGGCAACUUCUCCAGGGACAACAAGCUUGGUGAGGGCGGUUUUGGUCUAGUAUACAAGGGUAAGCUGCGGGAGCUACAAGAGAUAGCUGUGAAGAGGUUAUCCGAGACAUCGACGCAGGGCCUGGCUGAGUUCAAGAACGAGGUAACGCUAAUUGCCAAGCUACAGCACCGUAACCUCGUCCGGCUUCUCGGUUGCUGCAUUCAAGCAGGGGAGAGGAUGCUGAUCUACGAGUACAUGCCCCACGGAAGCUUGGAUUCCUUCUUGUUUGACAAGACUAAAGGUGCAUUGUUGGACUGGCAAACACGGUACAACAUCAUCGUGGGGAUUGCUCGAGGCCUUCUGUACCUCCACCGUGAUUCUAGAUUCAGAAUCAUUCACAGGGAUCUGAAAGCUAGCAACAUCCUUCUUGACAAGGAUAUGAACCCAAAGAUAUCAGACUUUGGCAUGGCAAGGAUGUUUGGAGGGGACGAAACAGACGCAAGAACCAGGAGAGUCGUCGGGACGUAUGGAUACAUGUCUCCCGAGUACGCCAUGGACGGAAUCUUCUCGGUGAAAUCUGACGUCUUCAGCUUCGGUGUUUUGGUGCUGGAAAUCGUAAGUGGCAGAAAGAACAGAGGAGUCUAUCAAUCUUCACACCACCUAAAUCUUCUAGCACAGGUAUGGAGUCUUUGGAAUGAAGGUAAAGGGCUGGAAUUAGCGGAUGCAUCAAUGCGGCCGUCGUCGCUUCCCGUGGCCGAAGUCAUGAAGUGUAUAAAGGUAGGACUUUUGUGCGUUCAAGAUCGACCAGAAUACAGACCAACGAUGUCGUCGGUGGUGGAGAUGUUGGGCGGUGACAGUGCUCUCCUACCGCAGCCAAGACAACCAGGUUUUAUCGUUGCAAAAGAUUCAUCUGAAACCAAUUCAUCUACAAGCAAGCAAGACUCGUCCACAAACCACGUAUCGAUGACGAUGUUGGAAGGUCGAAUCCGAGGCAAAGGCUUAAGGCUUUCUUCGAGCAAGCAAGCUCAACAAAAAAUGGCUGCGGCUUGCUACGUAUCCGGAAGACUUACCUUCCUCUCUUGUUUCGUCUUCUUCUUCUUCUUCUUCCGCAUCUCUUCCUUCUGUUUCUUCGCUCAUGCCACGGACACCUUGACCCAGGGCCAAUCCAUCACAGAUGGGCAGACCUUGGUGUCAGCCGGGAACAUCUUCGAGCUGCGAUUCUUCAGCCCCGGGAACUCCAGCCAUGGCCGCUACGUCGGCAUCUUGUACCACUCGAGCAUCUCGGCCACCCAAACCGUGGUCUGGGUGGCCAACCGGGAAGCUCCCAUCACGGGCUCCGGCGGCCGUCUGAUGGUCACGAGCGACGGAGAUCUGGUGGUGCUCGAUGGAGCAGGAGGCUCUGUUUGGUCUACCAACUCGUCGGCGGCGCCCAGCAACAGCUCCACCACCCUACAGCUCUUGGACACCGGCAACCUUGUUCUCCAAGACGGCGGAGGAGGAACGCUGUGGCAGAGCUUCGAUCACCCGACCCACACGUUCCUCCCUGGCAUGAAGUUGAGUCUCAACACGACGACGGGCAAGGCGCUGCUCUUCACGUCGUGGAAGAGCCCCGACGAUCCAUCGGCAGGGAACUACACGUUGGGCCUCGACCCCAAUGGAUCGGCGCAGAUCUUCAUAUGGGACCGAGGGGUGCCACGGUGGAGAUCGGGGCAAUGGAACGGGCACAGGUUCAUAGGCACGGUGAUGAGGUCGCUCUACAUCUACGGCUUCGACUACGAGACCGAUGAGAGCCAAGGGAUCGCCUACUACACGUACACUCCGCACAACGCUUCCCUGGUGAGGUUCGUCAUGGAGUGGGACGGCAUGGAAAGGACGUUCAUGCAGGUGCAGGAGACGAGGCAGUGGGAGAUCGUGUGGGGGCAGCCCAUCAACCAGUGCGAGGUCUACGGCAUGUGCGGGGUUUACGGGACGUGCAGCGACGACGGGACGACGACGACGUGUAGCUGCCUGCGAGGGUUCGAGCCGCGGUCGAGCACGGAGUGGAGCGACGGUAACUGGACCAGUGGGUGCGCGAGAAAGACUCCAUUACUUUGCCAGCUAAACAGCAGCAGCAAUGAAGAUGGAUUCUUCACGCUGCCGGGGGCGAAGCUGCCGGACCAUUCAGACUGGGCUUCCACGAUCGGAAGCGAAUCGGGGUGCCAAGAAGCUUGCUCGAGCAACUGUUCUUGCAGGGCCUACGCUUACGCUGCUUCCGACAUAGGAUGCUUGUUAUGGGGGCAUGAUCUCAUCGACAUCUACCAGUUCGAGUUUCCUCAGGACGGCUAUGAUCUCCAUGUCAAGCUCGCGGCGUCUGAUCUUGAUGCUGCAAGCGACAAGACCAAGUUGAGGGUAAUAGUGGCGGUAGGAUGUGCACUGGGGUUACUGCUUGCCAUCAUCAUAUGUUUCUUCUUGUGGUGGAAGUACGGUUCAAGAGCAAAAGUUUCCUGGAAGAAGAAAAGGCAGCAAGAGAACACAGUAUUGCAUCCAAGUGGAGAAGUAGUAUCGGAAUUCUCGAGCAUCUACGGAGAAGAAACGCAAGAAGGAAAAGCUUCUGAGCCAUUGUUCACGUUUGACUGCAUAGCGACUGCCACCGGUUACUUCAGCGACUCAAAUAAGCUCGGCGAAGGAGGUUUUGGCCAUGUUUACAAGGGAACGCUGCCUGGUGGACAAGAAGUGGCUGUCAAAAGGCUCUCCAGGAGUUCAGGGCAGGGGUUGGAGGAGUUCAAGAACGAGGUCAUACUGAUCGCCAAGCUGCAGCACAGGAACCUGGUCAAGUUGCUCGGCUGCUGCAUUCAAGGAGAAGAGAAGAUCCUCAUCUACGAGUACCUGCCCAACAAAAGCUUGGAUGCCAUCAUCUUCGAUACAUCGAAGAAAGAGCUACUGGACUGGAAGAAACGCUUCAACAUCAUCGAAGGGAUUGCUCGUGGCCUUCUCUAUCUUCACAGGGAUUCCAGGUUGCGCAUCGUUCACCGUGACCUAAAAGCCAGCAACGUCUUGUUGGACGAGAACAUGAACCCUAAGAUAUCGGACUUUGGCAUGGCAAGGAUCUUCGGAGCCGACGAAAACCAAGGCAACACGAAUCGUGUCGUCGGGACGUUUGGAUACAUGUCGCCUGAGUACGCCAUGGAAGGUCUCUUCUCGGUGAGGUCCGACGUCUACAGCUUCGGGAUCUUAGUGUUGGAGAUCCUGACAGCAAGGAGGAACAGCAGCUUCCAUCGGAUGGAGAACGCCGUCAACAUCGUGGGAUACGCGUGGCAGCUGUGGAACGAGGACAGAGCAGUGGAGCUGAUAGAUCCGACGAUACGGUCGGCCUCCAUGAUGUCUCAAGCGCUGAGAUGCGUGCAUAUAGCCCUGUUGUGCGUGCAGGAUCGAGCGAGCGAUCGACCUGACAUCGACGCCGUCAUCCGCAUGAUGGGGAGUGGGAGCGGCCCUCUUCCCAUGCCUAGACAACCCAUGUUUGUGGCAGUGGGAAGCCCAGAUGUUACGGAGACGAAGAUUGCCAACAAGUACGAGUCAUUCUCCACCUACGACGUCACAAUUACAAUGGUUCAAGGGAGAUAGAGCUUGUAGACUUCAUGCACACUCGGUGUUUGCGACAAUGGGUGAACCCCAAUGACUUGUGUUGCCAAUAGGGUGUUUACGCUGACAAGAAGCCGCUCGGGUGAAAGCUCUACUGGAAGUUCCAAGGAUCUAUUUAUCAUCCGGAGGAG